CCUGGCCCCGCCUGGCGGCCCCGCCACGUCGCCCGGCUGCUGCGUGCGCGGCCCGGGGCGGGGCGGGGCGCGGCGCCCGGCUGGCGGGGAGGAAGAUGGCGGCCGGUAUCCGGGAGAAGCAGACAGUGGCUUUGAAACGUAUGCUGAACUUCAAUGUUCCUCCUGUUAAAAACAGCACAGGAGAGCCAGUAUGGAAGGUUCUCAUCUAUGACAGAUUUGGCCAAGAUAUAAUCUCACCUUUGCUGUCAGUCAAAGAGCUGAGAGAUAUGGGGAUCACUUUGCAUCUGCUUUUGCAUUCAGAUCGGGAUCCUAUUCCAGAUGUUCCAGCUAUUUACUUUGUAAUGCCGACAGAGGAAAAUAUCGACAGAAUGUGUCAGGAUCUUCGAAACCAGCUUUAUGAAUCUUAUUAUUUGAACUUUAUUUCUGCCAUUUCAAGAAGUAAACUGGAAGAUAUUGCCAAUGCUGCCAUAGGUGCUAAUGCUGUAACUCAAGUGGCUAAGGUGUUUGAUCAGUAUCUCAAUUUUAUUACUUUAGAAGAUGAUAUGUUUGUAUUGUGUAACCAAAACAAAGAGCUUGUUUCAUAUCGUGCCAUUAACAGACCAGAUAUAACAGACACCGAAAUGGAAACGAUAAUGGACACUAUUGUUGAUAGUCUCUUCUGUUUUUUUGUUACGCUUGGAGCUAUUCCUAUAAUCAGAUGCUCAAGAGGAACUGCAGCUGAAAUGGUGGCAGUGAAAUUAGAUAAGAAGCUCAGAGAGAAUCUAAGAGAUGCCAGAAACAGUCUUUUUACAGGUGAUACACUUGGAGCUGGCCAGUUCAGCUUCCAAAGGCCCCUAUUAGUCCUUGUUGACAGAAACAUAGAUUUAGCAACUCCUCUACAUCAUACUUGGACAUACCAAGCUUUAGUGCAUGAUGUUCUGGAUUUCCAUUUGAAUAGAGUGAACUUGGAAGAAUCAACAGGAACAGAAAGUAUUCCAGCAGGUGCUAGACCUAAGAAAAAAAAUAAGAAAUCCUAUGAUUUAACUGCAUCUGAUAAAUUUUGGCAGAAGCAUAAGGGCAGUCCUUUUCCAGAGGUAGCUGAGUCUGUUCAACAAGAACUGGAAUCCUACAGAGCCCAAGAAGAUGAAGUCAAAAGACUUAAAAGUAUCAUGGGUAUAGAAGGGGAGGAUGAAGGAGCAAUAAGCAUGCUUUCUGACAAUACAGCUAAGCUAACGUCAGCUGUUAGCUCUCUUCCAGAACUUCUGGAAAAGAAGAGGCUCAUUGAUCUUCAUACAAAUGUUGCAACAGCUGUUUUGGAGCACAUAAAGGCUAGAAAGCUGGACGUGUAUUUUGAAUAUGAGGAAAAAAUAAUGAGCAAAUCCACUUUGGAUAAAUCUCUCCUGGACAUGAUUUCUGACCCAGAUGCAGGAACUCCAGAAGACAAAAUGCGUUUAUUUCUUAUCUAUUACAUAAGCUCAGCUCAGGCGCCUUCAGAGAUUGAUCUGGAGCAGUAUAAAAAAGCAUUGACAGAUGCAGGUUGCAAUCUUGCUCCUUUGAAUUACAUAAAACAGUGGAAGGCUUUCACCAAGAUGGCUUCAGCUCCAACCAGCUAUGGAAACACUACGCCAAAACCUUUGGGUCUGUUUUCACGCGUUAUGAAUACAGGAUCACAGUUUGUGAUGGAAGGUGUGAAGAACUUGGUACUGAAGCAACAAAAUCUACCAGUCACACGUAUAUUGGACAACCUUAUGGAGAUGAAGUCAAACCCUGAGACAGAUGACUACCGAUAUUUUGAUCCCAAGAUGCUACGAGGCAGUGACAGCUCAGUUCCGAGAAACAAAAAUCCAUUCCAGGAGGCAAUAGUGUUCGUAGUUGGAGGAGGCAACUACAUCGAAUAUCAAAAUCUUAUUGACUAUGUAAAGGGUAAACAAGGCAAACAUGUCCUCUAUGGCUGCAGUGAACUUUUUAAUGCUACACAAUUUAUAAAGCAGCUGUCCCAGCUUGGCCAGAAAUAAGACUGAAAUACUGUGACCUGGAUGGCAACGUGACAAAAAGAAUUCUUACAGCAUUCAGAUAUCUUCAUAUCUAUAAUUUUGUCAUUAUAUUAAAACUCAAAACAACUCCAUUAACAUAACAUUUAAAAAAGAACUGUAAUUAAUACCGUGUAUAUCAACAUUUCUGAAAUAAACCUUAAAACCUGA